UCUUGCUUCAAUCUCCGGUCGGUGCCCUCUCCCCUCUCGUUUUCUCUCUCUAAAAUUCCACCCAAAUAUGCCAGUUUCUUCGUCAGAGCUACGAACCGGAUGGAGGAAGAAAAGGAAGAGGCACCCGCAAAUCGGCCAAAGACCGAAACCCCAAGACGAAGACGAGGAAGAAGACGAUGUCGAAGACGAGGAGGAGGAGGACCUUGAACAACAGAACAAAUUCGAACAAGGACAACGAAACAAGGAACAAAACUCCCAAUCAAGACGAGUGAUCGAAACACUCUUGGGAGCCGGCGAGAAAGUUUCCGACUUUCCUCCGGUUAUUAAGCAGAAAUUGAAUAGACCCCACUCGUCUGUUUCUGCGAUUGUGGCCUUAGAGAAGGCGGUUCAAAGAGGGGAGAGUGUAAGUCUGCAGAACGGCAUUGUCUUUGAGAAUAUUUCUCAUGGGCAGCUCCAGUCUCUGUCUAUUGUUCCCCGGGAUUCUCCUUCGCUAUUGCCAGCUAGUGAGCUGGAGAAAGUUGACGGCUUUACUUCUUUGGGUUCCUCAUAUGUCAUUACACCUCCUCCUCUCAUGGAUGGGCGAGGAGUAAUUAAACGUUUUGGUGGCAAUCGAGUACUUUUAGUACCAAUGCACGCAGAAUGGUUUGCUCCUCAUUCAAUUCAUAGAUUGGAGAGACAAGUAGUGCCACACUUUUUCACUGGAAAGUCGAAUGAUCAUAGCCCUGAAAAAUACUUGGGAUGUCGGAAUUUAAUUAUUGCAAAAUAUAUGGAAAAUCCAGAGAGGAGAAUCUCAGUUUCUGAUUGUGAAGGAUUGGAAUUUGGUAUUGAUAUAGAGGAUUUAACUAGAAUAGUUCGUUUCCUUGAUAAUUGGGGAAUACUAAAUUAUUGUGCUGCUGCACCCCCUAAUUUUAAACCUCGGGAUCAUGAUUCAUGCUUGAAGGAGGAUUCUAAUGGUGAAGUUCAAGUUCCUUCAGCUGCUUUGAAGAGUAUUGAUAGCUUGAUCCAGUUUGACAAGCCCAAAUGUAGGCUUAAGGCAGCAGAUGUUUAUCAGCAGAUGUCAUCAAGUAUUGCAGACAAAGAGUGUGAUUUGGACAGGCGAAUACGAGAACGACUAUCUGAGAACAGUUGCAGUUACUGUUCUUCGACUUUGUCCACAAUAUUCUAUCAGUCUCUAAAGGAGGUAGAUGUACUAGCCUGCUUUGAUUGCUACCAUGAUGGAAAAUUUGUAGUUGGUCACUCAAGCUUAGAUUUUGUGAGGAUGGACUCAACCAAAGGUUGUGGUGACUACUUGGACAGUGAAAGUUGGACAGAUCAGGAAACAUUGUUACUGCUUGAAGCAAUUGAAACUUAUAAUGACAACUGGAAUGAGAUAGCUGACCAUGUUGGUACAAAGUCAAAAUCACAAUGCAUACUGCAUUUUGUCCGUCUUCCUGUGGAGGAUGAUCAAUUGGAAAGUAUUGAAGUUCCUGACAAGUCUCAAAUGUCAAAUGGUUAUGAUCCUAGGAGACCAGGAACAUGUCUUCAAGAAUCUGAUUCAGAGAAAAGUCUCCUGUUUGCAAAUUCAAAGAAUCCUGUUAUGUCAUUGGUUGCCUUUCUGACAUCUGCUGUGGGACCAAGAGUGGCUGCAGCAUGUGCUCACACAUCUUUGUCUGUGCUCACUGCUGAUGGCCUCGAUGCUUCUAAAAAUAUUGAACAAAUGCAAUCAACCGGACUUGCUAAUAGAAUGAAUAUGGAGGCUCUCUGUAACAAUAAUGGCCAUUCUCAUGUAGAAAAUGCAAACUCAAGUAAGCCAAAAAUAGGUGACUCAGGGUUGCAUGGUUCAUUACUGAGUAAACAGUUAAAAUCUGCUGCCCAAGCUGGUCUUUCUUCUGCAGCAACAAAAGCUAAAUUGUUUGCAGACCAUGAAGAAAGGGAAAUACAAAGACUCUCUGCUAAUAUUAUAAAUAAUCAGUUGAAGAGAUUAGAACUGAAGCUGAAACAGUUUGCUGAAAUUGAAACCUUGUUGAUGAAAGAAUGCGAACAAGUAGAACGAUCAAGACAGAGGCUUGCUGGAGAUCGUGUUCGGAUAUUAUCAGGCCAGUUUGGAAACAACAGUAAUCAGCAAAACAUUCCAAACUCGCCUGCCCUGUAUGGAACUGGCCAAGCAAUCCAUCCCCAGUUCAUGCCACGUCAGCCUAUGUACGGACUUGGGCCCCGUUUGCCUCUAUCAGCCAUCCACCCGUCUUCAACUGCAUCCACUUCAAUGUUCAAUUCUGCAGCAAACCCUCAGUCAUCGUCAUCUCAACCGAUUUUGAGACCGGGUACAAGGACAAGCUCGGGUUUGGGUUGAAUAGCUAGCUAAAGCAUGUAAGUAUUUCCAAUGACCUGAUGUAUAAUUAUUAUUCAAUUAGACUUUCCUUCUUGAUUCAACAAAAACAAAUAGGUGAAUUAUGAUUGCCUCAUUUUAAGGAU